AUGCGUCUUCUACCGUGGCUCCUACUGCCGUUGGCCGCCUUCAGCGACGACGCGCCCGACCGCGCCGCUCGAAUUGUUGCCAACAUGAGCGUCGCGCAGCUCAUUGGGCAAAUGACGCAGCUCAGCAUCAACCAAGUGCUCAACAGCGACUUGACAUUGAACGAAGCCCAAGUCGAAGCGUACGCGACGCUCGGCAUUGGCUCGUACCUCAACUCGCCCUUUGCGGGUGGCCCAAAGGGUGCCACGUACGGCUGGAACGCCACCGAAUGGCGCGCUAUCCUCAGUCGUAUCCAGGCCAUUCAUAAGAAGAUCGAUGGCCACCCGAUCCUCUUUGGCCUCGACUCGGUGCACGGCGCCAACUACGUCGCCAACGCCGUGCUCUUCCCGCACCAGAUCAACGCUGGCGCGAGCUUCAACCGCCGUCUCGUCCACGAGCUUGGGUAUUACACGGCGCGGGAUACGGUCGCCGCGGGCAUUCCGUGGAUCUUUGGCCCGAUCCUCGACGUGACGUCGCACAAGGCGUGGCCGCGCGUGUACGAGACCUUUGGCGAAGACCCGUAUCUGGUCACGCAAAUGGCCUCCCAGAUCGUGCACGGGCUACAGGACAACCACACGAUCGCAGCGUGCUUCAAGCACUUUAUCGGGUACGCCGCAACACCAUCGGGUCACGACCGCGACCCGAUCACGCUCUCCGACUAUGAGAUUCUCAAUUACUACAUGCCGCCGUUCAAGGCCGCGAUCGACGCGGGCGCCCUCAGUGGCAUGAUGAACUACGUGUCGCUCAACGGCGUGCCCAUGGGCGCGAACCGCAAGAUGCUCGUCGAUCUACUGCGAGGUGCUUUGGCAUUCGAAGGUAUGCUCGUGACGGACUGGGGCGUCAUCGACGACCUCUUCCUCUUUCACGGCGUCGCUUCGUCGCUUCAAGACGCCGUCGAACUCGCGCUCACCGAAACCUCGAUCGACAUGAGCAUGGUGGCCACCAACAUUGACUUUAUCAAGUACACGACAGCGCUGUACGAGCGCGGGCUCGUACCACUCGCUCGCCUCCGCGAGGCCGCGACGCGCAUCGUCACGCUCAAGCUGCAGCUCCAUCUGUACGACGAGCCAUUGCCCGGCGCGGCCAACGUCCCACUGGUCGGCGACGCCAGCAGCCAAGCCGCAGCGCUUGCGAUGGCCACCGAGUCCCUCGUGCUCCUCAAAAACACCAAUGCGACGCUGCCAUUGGCGCCGAACGCGACGAUUUUCCUCACCGGUCCGGCCGUCGACAGCAUCGGGCAUCUCUGCGGCGGCUGGUCGCUUGCAUGGCAAGGCAACGGUGGCAACACGAUGUUUCCGCACGGCCAGUCGGUGCUGUCGGCCGUACAGACGACUUGUCCGAACUGCACGCUGACAUCCAUGGCUGGUGUCGACGACGCUGGCACAUACACACCCGAGGACCUGGCGAAAGCAACGCUUCUCGCAAGCCAAGCGACGUAUACUGUCGUCGUGCUCGGCGAAGGCCCGUACGCGGAAAAGCCCGGCGAUAUUCGGGAUCUCGCCCUUCCCGAUGGCCAACUUGCAUAUGUGCGCGCGCUCGCUGCGACCAAAACCAAGCUCAUUCUAGUGCUUGUGGAAGGCCGGCCGCGGCUCCUGCGCGGGCUGUCCGACCUCGCGUCGGCCGUCGUACAUGCAAUGCUACCGGGUGAAAUGGGCGGCGCAGCGAUCGCAAGCGUGCUGCUUGGGGCGGCGAACCCCAGUGGACGCCUUCCGUACACAUACCCCAAGACGCCUUUGGACGCAGCGGUCUCGUACUACCACCGGCGCAACGCGGGCUGCAACACCAACGGCGUCUUUGGCGACUGUUCGCCCGAGUGGGCGUUUGGGACGGGGCUCAGCUACACGCGCUUUGCCUACAGCGACGUAUCCGUGGUGCUCGGCGAGAACCACGCGGUGACCGUCACACUGGCCGUCCAAAACGUUGGCGACCGCGACGGCGACCAUGUUGUCCUUCUGUUUCUGCGCCAGGAAGCCCGCCGCGGCAAUGUGCCCGAGGCCAAGCGGCUCGUGUUCUUUGAGAAGCUGAGUAUCGCGGCCGGCAGCGCCAAGAUCGUGCGCGCAGAGCUCCGGGCAAAAGACUGGGGCAUCUACACCAACGAGAUGGGCCAGAGCCUCGAAAAGCACGUGUCGCCCGGCGCCUACACGCUGCUGGUCUCCGAGGCGGCCGACUGCGCCAAAGGACACUGCGUCCGCUUCACAGCCGGCGUUCAUGGCACGUAUACGCCGACAACAACCGUGCAAGUGUCGGCCCAGUCCCACGUCGCGUCCGUCUUGCGCUACCAUACGUCCUUGUAAGCCGAUGUAAUAUGAUGUUGUGGCUCUGCCCGUCUCUGCACGGAGUCACCGAUGUGUACGCAAGGCGAGCGCAAGGAGUGGCAUGGAGACGCACCAGCGGUCGCUGGACAAAGUGAUACGAGCUCGUCGACAA